AUGGCCAGCAAAGCUACCUCGAAGCGUCCCGAGGACUUUGUCGACUUCCUGAACGCCUCACCCACUCCAUUCCAUGCCGUGAGAUCAGCGAAGCUCCGACUAGAGAAGGCAGGGUUCAAGCCCAUCAAGGAGCGAGACUCAUGGAACUCCACCCUCCAACCCGGCGGCAAAUACUACCUCACUCGAAACGCGAGCACUAUCGUGGCCUUUGCCAUUGGCCAUGACUGGAAGCCGGGAAACCCAAUUGGCAUGGUUGGAGCUCAUACCGACUCGCCGUGCCUUCGAAUCAAGCCAAUAUCCAAGCGAUCCGCAGAUGGCUUCAUUCAGAUUGGCGUGGAGACAUAUGGAGGAGGAAUGUGGCAUUCGUGGUUCGAUCGUGAUCUGGGCGCAGCAGGACGAGUGAUGGUCAAGAGCAAGGACGGCACCAUCGAGCAGAGGCUCGUGAGGAUAACGAAGCCGAUUUGCAGGAUUCCCAACCUGGCAGUACACUUUGGAGGUUAUGAGCCGUUUGAGUUCAACAAAGAGAACCAGCUCUUCCCAAUCGCUGGUCUGGUCUCUGCGGAGCUGAACAGGUCAGGCAAGAGUGCGGAGGAUCUGAAGAAGGAGGAGGCAGAGAAAGAGAAGGCUGCAGGUUUUGAGCCGCUCAAGGUCACAACUCAGAGACAUCACCCGCAUCUGAUCGAUCUCAUCGCUGAGCAAGUCGGCUGUGGCGUGGACGAAGUUCUGGAUUUUGAGAUGGUACUGUACGACACUCAGCCGUCGUGCAUUGGCGGCAUCAACGACGAAUUCGUCUACAGUGCUCGGCUGGACAACUUGGGCAUGACCUACUGUGCGGUCGAAGGUUUGAUCCAAUCUGUCGAAUCGCCUUCAGCACUCAAGGGCGACCCAACUAUUCGCCUGAUCGCCUGCUUUGACCACGAAGAGAUUGGCUCCCAAUCAGCUCAGGGUGCCGACAGCAACAUGCUUCCAGCUGUCAUUCGACGACUUUCCUGCCUGCCUUCUUCGACAACAGACAGCGAGAAGAGCUACGACAAGGUCAACGGAGAUUCCGUGGACAACAGCACCGCGUACGAACAGACUUUGUCGACAAGCUUCCUCGUCAGUGCCGACAUGGCACACUCGAUCAAUCCGAACUAUGCUGGCAAGUAUGAACCCGAGCACAAACCACACAUGAACGAGGGCACCGUGAUCAAGAUCAACGCCAACGUCCGCUACGCCACCAACGCCCCUGGUAUCGUCUUGCUGCAGGAAUGUGCCAGACGAGCGAAGCCAACCGCUUGGCAACUACCAGAGUCGAAGAGCAAAGAUCGAGGUGUGCCCCUGCAGCUGUUUGUGGUACGAAAUGACUCGAGGUGUGGUAGCACCAUCGGCCCAAUGCUGAGCGCCGCUUUGGGAGCUAGGACGAUCGAUGUCGGCAACCCACAACUCGCCAUGCAUUCUAUCCGCGAAACUGGCGGUGCUUAUGAUGUUGAGCACGGUGUGAAUCUGUUCGACAGCUUCUUCGAGCACUUUGGAGAGCUGGAGAGCAAGAUCAUGGUCGAUUGA